UGGCGCCCAACGCAGAGACUGUCGCCAGGUGCCUAGGUUCUACAGAAUAGCCACUGACUGAAGUGAUGGAGAGCGGCCCAGCCGUCUGCUGCCAAGACCCUCGAGCAGAGCUGGUAGAUCGGGUGGCAGCCAUCAAUGUGGCCCACUUGGAAGAGGCAGAUGAGGGUCCAGAGCCUGCCAGGAAUGGUGUGGCCCCUCCACCCCGGGCCAGAGCUGCCUCUGUGAUCCCUGGCAGUGCUUCAAGACUCACUCCAGUGCGUCCCAGCCUCUCAGCUAGAAAGUUCUCCCUGCAGGAACGAGCAGCUGGAAGCUGUCUGGAGGCCCAGGUUGGGCCUUACUCUACAGGACCUGCCAGUCACAUCUCUCCUCGGGCCUGGCGGAGACCCACCAUCGAGUCCCACCAUGUGGCCAUCUCAGACACGGAGGACUGUGUGCAACUGAACCAGUACAAGCUGCAGAGUGAGAUUGGCAAGGGUGCCUACGGUGUGGUGAGGUUGGCCUACAACGAAAGUGAAGACAGACACUAUGCAAUGAAAGUUCUUUCCAAAAAGAAGUUACUGAAGCAAUAUGGCUUUCCUCGCCGUCCUCCCCCCAGAGGAUCCCAAGCUGCCCAGGGAGGGCCAGCCAAACAGCUGUUGCCCCUGGAGCGCGUGUACCAGGAGAUUGCCAUUCUGAAGAAGCUGGACCAUGUGAAUGUCGUCAAAUUGAUCGAGGUCCUGGAUGACCCUGCUGAAGACAAUCUCUAUUUGGUGUUCGACCUCCUGAGAAAGGGGCCAGUCAUGGAAGUGCCCUGCGACAAGCCCUUCCCAGAGGAGCAAGCUCGCCUCUACCUCCGGGACAUCAUCCUGGGCCUUGAGUACUUGCACUGCCAGAAGAUUGUCCACAGGGACAUCAAGCCAUCCAAUCUACUCCUUGGGGAUGAUGGGCACGUGAAGAUCGCCGACUUUGGUGUCAGCAACCAGUUUGAGGGGAAUGAUGCGCAGCUGUCUAGUACGGCAGGAACCCCGGCAUUCAUGGCCCCAGAGGCUAUUUCUGAUUCUGGCCAGAGCUUCAGUGGGAAGGCCUUGGAUGUAUGGGCCACUGGAGUCACGCUGUAUUGCUUUGUCUAUGGGAAGUGCCCAUUCAUUGAUGAGUACAUCCUGGCCCUGCACAGGAAGAUCAAGAAUGAGGCCGUGGUGUUCCCUGAGGAGCCAGAGGUCAGUGAGGAACUCAAAGACCUGAUCCUGAAGAUGCUAGACAAGAAUCCUGAAACAAGAAUUGGGGUGUCAGAUAUCAAGUUACACCCUUGGGUGACUAAACAUGGAGAGGAACCCCUCCCUUCAGAGGAGGAACACUGCAGUGUGGUGGAGGUGACUGAGGAAGAGGUGAAGAACUCAGUCAAGCUCAUCCCCAGCUGGACCACUGUGAUCCUGGUCAAGUCUAUGCUGAGAAAACGUUCCUUUGGAAACCCAUUCGAGCCCCAAGCACGCAGGGAAGAAAGAUCCAUGUCUGCACCAGGAAACUUACUGAUGAAAGAAGGAUGUGGAGAAGGGAGUAAAAGCCCAGAGCUUCCCGGAGUCCAGGAAGAUGAGGCUGCAUCCUGAGUCCCUGCAUGUGUCCAGGGCCAUCGGCAGCAUGCUCAUUCCGCACCUCCAGAGGCCCACCGCCCUCAUGCAAUAGUCGCCCCUGCAGGCAGGGGGCUGGGGACUGCGGCCCCUCUCCUGGCCCCCCUCACCCAUUGUGCUGCAUGACCUGCGCACAGGCACAUCCAGGGACAGGA